AUGUGGUCAGCGAAUGACGAAUGCUGGGAUGACGAUGCCACCCCAUCGUCGCAAUCAGUGGCAAGUGCAAGUGCAACUGAAUGUGGCGUUCCUCCACGCAAUUCUUAUCCUCAACGCGAUACACACGCUCGAGGUUACGAUUCAACGGACCGAAACUCUAUAACAAUACCGCUUCGCAGUGCUAUCGUUCCGAAAGUGAUUGGAAGAGGAGGCGCUACCAUACGAGAAUUACGAGAGCAAACUGGUGCCCGGAUCGUUGUCGAUUCGUCGACGGGUAGUGAUGGGACGGUCCGCAUAUCCGGAACACCUAGUGAAAUAGAAGCGGCCCGCGAACGCGUGUACGACAUAAUAAAUGGCUCAAGAGCAGGAUCCGGAAAUCAACAUAAUGGUGAACAUUAUCGAUCUCGUCCGAAGGCUGAUUAUGGUAGUUACGACCGUUUUUCUGAAAACCGUUACGGGAACGAUUCAAGCGGUAGCGGUAGCUGGAAUCAAUCGAGAAGCCGCAGGGAAGAUGGAGGACGUCAUUAUCGUCAAGAGUAUACCUCGACGACUGCGAGCAGCUGUAACGAUGACAAGGAGUUUGAGUUAAUCGACUGGGCCGCACUGAAUAAGGCAUCAGACGAAGCUUCGCGCGAAAAAUGGGCCAAAUGUCCUCCGCUGGUGAAGAUGUUCUACCGAGAGCACGAGGAAGUAGCAAAGCUGACAGCGGAGACAGUGGCAGCCUUUCGCGAGGCCAGCAACAACAUCGUUGUCGACCGUACCUUCAAAGACAAGGUCGAAGAGAAGGCACCAAUCCCGAAUCCAGUUAGCGAGUUUUACCAUGCGUUUGGCGAUUAUCCAGAUUUGAUGGAUGAAUUGAGAAAACAAAAGUUCCUAAAGCCUAGCCCGAUCCAGUCACAAGCUUGGCCAGUUUUGUUGCGCGGUGAAGAUCUGAUAGGAAUUGCACAGACAGGCACAGGCAAAACGCUGGCCUUCCUCUUGCCUGCUUUUAUCCACAUCGAAGGGCAACCAAUCUCACGGGCGGAACGCGGAGGUCCCAACGUGCUGGUCCUAGCACCCACCAGAGAACUGGCCCUACAAAUUGAAAAAGAGGUCGCCAAGUAUCAGUUUCGUAACAUCAAAGCCGUUUGCCUGUACGGCGGCGGUGAUCGACGAGCACAGGUGGAUACUGUUCGGCGCGGAGUGGAGAUCCUGAUUGCAACGCCCGGCCGCCUGAAUGAUCUUGUGGAGGCUGGCGUUGUUAAAGUGUCGAGCAUCACAUACCUGGUUUUGGACGAAGCCGAUCGGAUGCUCGAUAUGGGCUUCGAACCCCAGAUUCGCAAGGUACUGCUAGACAUCCGGCCCGAUCGACAAACUGUGAUGACGAGCGCUACUUGGCCCGACGGGGUUCGCAGGUUGGCGCAAAGUUACAUGCAUGACCCGAUACAAGUGUACAUUGGGUCGCUGGAUCUAGCUGCCACUCACACGGUUACCCAAUUGAUUGAAAUUAUGGAUGAGGAGGACAAGUACCACCGCAUAAUUGAGUUUGUGAAGCACAUGCAGCCAAAGGAUAAGGUAAUCAUAUUUUGUGGCAAAAAGUCCCGCGCCGACGACCUGUCUUCGGAAUUCGUGCUGGCCGACAUAGCUUGUCAGUCGAUUCACGGUGAUCGCGAGCAGUCCGAUCGCGAACAGGCACUAGAGGACAUCAAACGGGGCCAUGUAAGCAUUUUAAUCGCUACGGAUGUAGCGUCGCGUGGGCUUGACAUCGAAGAUGUAACGCACGUGAUAAACUAUGAUUUUCCACGCAACAUUGAGGAGUAUGUGCAUCGUGUUGGGCGAACGGGCCGUGCUGGAAGGACGGGUAUAUCUCUCAGCUUCCUCACCCGAUCUAACUGGGCGGUAGCAGCGGAGCUGAUAAAAAUUCUGGAAGAAGCCAGCCAAGAAGUACCGGACGAAAUUCGCGACAUGGCGGAGCGGUUUGCGGCCAAAAAGGAUCGUGAUGACCGUACCCGUAGAGGAGGAGGUGGGCUCGGUUACAGAGGAGGCGGUGGCGGUGGCGGUGGCCGGUACAGUGGCAACACUCGACGCUGGUAGUUUUCUUUUUAAUUUAAUUUCUUUUCAUGCGGUUUCUUUACUCAAAUUGACACCAAAUGUUGUAUUCAAUUUUUUUCCUUCAAUUCCUAUUAUGAAAACGUUACGAAAAAAACGCCAAACAUUUAAAUUAAAUGUAUCAAUCUGCAUUCCACGGAGAAUUUGUUAUAAGAAACCGAAUUAGCAUCGCCAGUUUAUUGUUCAACACGACAAGAUGCGUUAACAAUGUAUUGAAGUACGAGAAUAUGAAUUUCUAUAACAGCUUAGUUUUGUAUGACAAAACCAUUAUGAACUGAAUAAAUAAAUUUUUUUGUAUCAAAGGGAAAUUUGUGCUAUUUAUAUUAUGA